GAGACCAUCAAGCUCACGGCGCAAAUAUUCAAUGCAGCUCGCGAUGGAAACCAAGAGGUCAUUGAGACCGCUAUCGCUGAGAAGCUGAACCCGAACCUCACGAAUGAGAAUGGGGACACGUUGCUCAUGCUGGCAGCAUAUUAUGGCCACCAUGAACUGGUCGAAUAUCUUAUCAGCGCUGGAAGUGACCCUAAUAGAUUAAAUGAUAAACACCGGAGCCCGCUCGCGGGGGCUGUUUUCAAGAAAUGGGACAGAGUCAUCGAGAAACUUCUCGCAGGUGGCGCCGAUCCAGACUACGGUACACCAUCGGCGACGCAGUGCAUCACCAUGUUCAAGCAGGAGGACAAGUGGAGGGUGCUGUUCGAGCAAGCGCCUGGGAAGGGAAAGGCGAAG